AUGGUUCUCGAACUCCAUAUCUGGGGCCCUGGCUUUUCGCUGCCCUCAAUCGAUGCGCAAUGCCUCGCAACAAUUGCCUAUUUUUCCUUGGCCGUCCCCAAGGACUCGUGGGUGCUCGUCGCAAGUAGCGAUCCAACCGUCUCUCCUACACACGAGCUUCCCGCGCUGAAGAAUGGCUCGACGUGGGUUAGCCGGUUCCGGAACAUCGUCGACUACCUACGGCAAUACUCAAAUGGCGCCUGGGAUCUGGACCGAGAUCUGAGCGCUCUUGAAAAAGCCGAUAGCGUUGCCUUCUCCUCCUUCGUGGAAUCCCACGCCCAAGCCCUCCUCGACCUCUCCCUCUACGUUACCAGCCAAAACUACUACAACAGCACCUCCCCGGCGUAUGGUGCGAUUCUCCAGUGGCCGAACCAAUGGAUCCUACCCCCGCAGCUGCACGCCACGGCCAAAGCUCGAACUGAGCCGCUCGGACUGUCUUCAUUAGACUUGGAAGCAACAGAGGAACAACGGAAACGAGAUCACUCGGCCGCCGUGGCAGCUGGUCGCAUCCCUCAGAACCUCAUUUCUCGGCCCCGUGAAACGGUUACCAACCUGCUAGGAAAGACGCCACAGCAGCAUCAAUUCCGGCUGGAAGCUUUGACCGGGGAGUUAUUUGUGCCGCUGGAGGAACUGCUUGAUGACAAGACACAUCUCUUGGGGACGACGCCAUCAAGCUUAGAUUGCCUCUCAGUAGGCUAUCUGAGCCUUGCCCUUGUUCCGGAUCUCCCCCUUCCGUGGCUACGUGAUGCCAUGCAACGGAAGGCCCCACGGCUGUCACAAUAUAUCGAGCGCUUGCGCUUGGAGCUGUUCGGCACCGUGAAUGUUGCAGACGCUUUCAACAGUGGCGCAAAUUCAUUGCUCCCGUGGCAGGCUCCAGAAAGAGCUAGUUUCGCCAGAGUCGGAACGUCGCUGCUUACUAGCCUCGCAGACUCUACACCAAUCCUCAAGGAAAUUCGCAUGAACAACAAAUUACGCGAGACCGCUGAAUGCUCUAGUGCUGGGCUUUCCGAGGUCGAGAGCAAGUCACUGUCAGAGUACGCCCGAGCGCAAGGAAAGGACACUCUCCUUUCCAUUGCCACUGUAAUAGGCGGUGUUGCCGCAUUGAUUGGAUACAUGGCCCAUAUUGGCGUAUUUUCAGCGCCGCAAGAGGAGGAGAAGGAGGAGCCCGAAGAGUAUCAGGUGGAGUUACCAAAAUCUAUCAGCGCCAAUGACUUUCUUGGGAUUUAAGAAACACAGCUAUGCGCAUAUCGCUUUGCUGGAGAAUGUAUUAUUAUUGGCGUUACCUCAGGUUUGUAAAAAUGCUAGGGCAUCCCGAUUUUCGUUAGCUGGUAGGAUUUAGCGCAACAAACAGUCGUUCUCAACGGCAUGUCGUGAGCUGCAACCGAAUCCAGACCCUUUUCUGGUGAUAAGGGUCCCUUGUCGCCUCGUUGGAACCAUUGAUGGAGCACUGGCACAGCGAGAGUCAUCCUACACCAGCCCUUAAGUUUAUACACUAAAGACAAACCACUUCCGCCACUCAAUCUUGGUCUUGGACUGCCUACUCUGAAGAACGAGGUCAUUUGAUCCUCGACUACGGUAGAUACGAUUAUUCGUCUUUACUUAGUCUCGAU